UUUUUGCAUUUUCUUGUUGUUUUCUCAUUUUAUUGUUGUUUUUGCUGCUGUGUUUGUAUUGAUAGAUUGCUUCAAAGAAGGCGGGUCUACUACUAGACCCCACAUGCUUGAUGGAACCAACUAUGCUUGUUGGAAUGCUCAGAUGAGAGAUUUUCUCAAAGCUAUGGAUGGGCGUGUUUGGAGUGCUGUGGUUGACGACUGGACUCCUCCUACCAUUAAGGUUGGUAAAACUUAUUCAGAUUCCAAGCUUGUGAGGAAGAUGCUCAUAGCUCUCCCUAGAAAGUUCAAGUCAAAAGAUACCUCCAUUGAGGAAUUCCAUGAUGUUGAUACCCUUGAUUUGGAUGAGCUUAUUGGUUCAUUGCAGAGCUAUGAACUCACUAUGAAAAGAUGGUCCAAAGAAAAGAUGGAGAGGAAAGUUCUAGUGGAGUUGUCUUAUCUCACAGAGUUGCCAAAAAUAUUUUUGUGGGAGAUUCUCUUGAGAAUUUAGAUGAGAAAAAUGUUGCACUACUCACUAAAAAUUAUGCUAAGUUUCUGAGAAAAAAUAUGAGAAAAGGAAGCAAUGAUUUCAAGGGAGAAAACUAAAGAAAACCACAAAAUUUUCCUUGUAAGUCAACUAAUAUGGGUGAAAAGAGAAAUCCAAAGGUUAUUCAAUGCCAUGAGUGUGAAGGCUUCAGGCAUAUACAGGCUGAGUGUGCAAACACCUUGAAGAAAAGGGGGAGAGCUAUGGCAGCAAUGUGGAGUGACAGGGAAGAUGAUAAAAAAGAUACAAAAGAGGAUAGUUUGGAUUUGGAAGAAAACUAUGUUGCUUUUACUGUUAAGACUGUAACACCCAGCGUUUAGGGCACCGGGUAAACCGUAGUUUGAGUAUUUUUAUUUCUCUGUAUUAUGUGUUAUGUCAGGGGAACAUUUUAUGUUACAAGAAGUUGUGA